UUCCUUCCGCGAAUCGAGACUUUGGACUCCACGACUUCACUCCGACGAUUUCCAAUCUACAACAACUCGAUAUCUUCCAUCCGACAAGCUACAAUGCAGUUCACCACAUCUCUCCUCAUGGCCACGGCCAUCUUCUCGGCGGCCUCCGUCUGCGCUCGCAACACCGAAGCACACUGGUGCUCUGGCACGGGGGAGUCCUACGCCUAUUGGUGGACUACCUGCGACAACGCCUACGGAGGAGAUCUCGGGGAGAUGCAGGUCGGCACCGACAGCUACCACGUGUGUUGCCUUGACCCUGCCUGGGUCGAAGCGUACAGAAUCAUUUGCAAUCGAGACGGGGGAAAGAUUCAGAAUGGACUGAAUGGGCUCGUCAAGUGUAACAAGCAGCAUCGAGACCCACCUCCACGCAAGCGCUUCGAAGGAAUGAGCGGGUCGGUUGAGUGAGCCAGCUCUCCCUUGUGAAAGGAAUCCGGAGUGAAGGGGCUGCGAAGGAGAUGGUUCGAGACUGGAGACUGGUCGAGGAUGCUGUUCUCGAAUAUCGAGGGCGCGUUGAUGGG